GACGUCACGGCAAUGCGUGCACUCGCACAAUUCAGAUGGGGAACCCUUUUCGCUUGUGUGGUAAAUAACAGUGAAUAUCUCGCGAUCAGGGCCACGGAUUUUCACGAAAUUUUACAGUUAGCUCGGGAAUAGUUGUCCAACCCCACCGAGUUACUUUCCUGAUGAUGCUGAUGCCCUGGGGGGCCAGGCGAAGCGACCACACCCAGCAGAGCACGGAACUCUACAUUUGCGCUGACCCAUAUUCAACCGGCUACGAAUGUGGACUAGCAAAAGGCGCUUGAAUAGGCCUUUUCACCAAUGAUCGCUUGUAUUGGCACGGGAAUAACGGAUGUACAGCGAGGAUAAGACAGGUUGCGGCACGAGAAGUGUGUAUGAGACAUCCAGUCAUUUCUCCUUCUCUCUAUCGGAUAGACAGAGGACGGGAGCCUGAUGUCUCGACUGUCCAUCGUCUCUGACGAACAGCGACACCGGCCGAAAACGAAGGAUAUAUUUUUUGAAACCAGUCGACAUGAGAAAACAUAGAACCAAUUCAAGAUGUAAAUCCGUGUCGACUUUCUGUCUUUUCAUGCCAUCCUGUGAGUAUAAUGUGUUCAAAUGUCUGGAGAACAGGCAUCAGUCGUACUGGGAUAGUGCUGUAUGUGAUUCUCAUCGUCUCGUGGGUACUGGUGAUCAGCGCAGGGGUGGGAGCCCUACCCCUCUCUGACUUUUACCCCUUCAAUACCAGUGCCGGGGACAGACUGACAGAUGACAGUGAUGAUGGGGGGUCAGGAUCUAUCAAAAUCGGAGUCCCCUUCCCUUUCUUCAAUCGUAGUCACGAUAAGAUUUUUGUAAAUAACAAUGGAAUAAUAUCAUUUCUGGACCAGCUUAAAACGUAUAGACCUGAAGAUUUCCCCUUGGAUUCCGAGACGCCAAUUAUUGCUCCCUUCUGGGCUGACGUGGAUGUGCAAGUUGGUGGUAAAGUGUGGUAUCGUGAGUCUACUGAUUUCCGACUUCUUCAUAAAGCUACGACUGAAAUAAAGACAUACUUCCCUGGUCUGAGAAGGUUCCGUGCUCAUUGGAUGUUUAUCGCAACCUGGGACAAUGUUGGCUUUUACGGUGCUUCUCAAGAAGGCAGGCAAAAAAGAAACACAUUCCAAGCAGUGCUGAUCACUGACGUCCUGCAAUCUUUCGUCAUCUUCAACUACAAUAAGAUCGAGUGGACGACCGGCUCCAACAGCGGCGGGGUGACCACGACGGGUCUCGGAGGGAGUCCUGCCCAGGCUGGAUUUAACGCCGGUGACCGGAAGACAUAUAUGGAAAUUCCGGGGGCGCGGAAACAUGCCGUCCUAAACCUCACUCUGACAAGCAACGUCGACAUCCCGGGUAAAUGGGUAUUCCGGGUCGACUCUGCUACUAUACAAGGAAGCUGUUCAGAUAAAGGUAGCGGAAAAGUGCUUGUUUGGCCCAAUUCAGGUCAUGUCCUUGGAGGUCAGAGGAUCUUCCUGUCUGGUCCGUGUUUUCAUGAAGGUGACGAUCUAUUGGCUCGUUUUGAUGACGUCAACAUCACAUUCCCAUGCAGUUACUAUUCAUCAGCUCGCGCGCGGUGCAUCACACCAACCGUCUUUCGGACAGGCCCUCUUUCCCUGUCACUGAAUAUAGAUGAUGGUGGUUGGAACUACACAGGCACAUAUACUACAAUGAACAUAGCUCAGGUUCAACCCAAAGUUAAACGCUUGGACCCCAUGAAGUGGUUCGUGAAUCGUUCCGUGAAUAUAUCCUGGGAUGCUUUCAGUUUUCCGUCCGGUAACAUUACCAACAUCACUGUGGAGGUUCUAGAAUAUAAGAAAGUCAACGGGACGCCCUCCCUGAGAAGGGUAGUGAAUUAUAUCGACGUCAACCAGUCAUCGAGGUCCUUGUUUCACUUCAAGCUUCAAAAUAUCUCAACGGCAGCCAUAUUGAAAGUUAGCGGCCAAGAUAACGAGAAUAACGGGUCUGCAAUGGCGAUAUGGUCAGACGUGUUCCCGGCAAGAUGGCCAAGCCCUUCAGUGUCUGCCGGAUGGUGCCGGGCUUGGAUGGACAAGGAGGGGCGGGGUCUGAACCUGACACAGAGGGAGCCCUGUCCGUGCACGAGGAACCAGGCUGAUGGGGACACAGGGAGGUACCAGCCUGACCCCUUCUGCAACCAGAACUCGAAGGACCCAAUAGAACGUAGUUGUUUGUACAGAGGAGGGGCGACGGAUUGUAUCAUGUCAAAUUAUCAGGGGUCUUCAGAAGGCAGCCAAGUUUGUUGUUACGAUGCAGAUGGCGAGUUGUUGAAUGCUCAGGGGCUGAACGGCGGCGGCACUGUAGGGCGAUAUCAUUACAGAUCUCAGAGCGACGACGUCGUUGCUUUUUUCUCGUAUUUUGACCAAGAUGUGCUUCCAUACACCCACUGUUGCCAAUAUUCACAGACGCACUGUCGGGAGUUUCUAGCUUACCAUCGACCACCGGUUAACUGUGCCGGGUAUUCACCACCGUCAGCAGCCCAGGCAGCUGGGGACCCCCAUUUAGUAACGCUGGACGGGAAGGGGUAUACAUUCAACGGGGAGGGGGAGUUUGUGUUGUUAGAGGAUGACAACAGCAGCGUUGUGGUUCAAGUCAGGACAGCUCGAGCCAGGGACACUAAUGACGAGCUGCAGAACGCGACGAUGUUCACGACAGCGGCAGUGACGAUACGUAACGUCACUGACAUAUUGGAGGUUCGUCUCGACGAAGAAGACAUUGUCCAAUUCCUGGUCAAUGGAAUAGAACGUGACCUCACUUCAUCUACCUCAGAAUUUAACGGACUUACAGUGUAUCGCAACAACACGAGCAACAUCACGGCAGAGGUGACGGUGGUCGUCAACCCAGCCGGGGUAUCGGUACUGAUGCAGGCGACAGACAAACUCUUAAACAUCAUGGUGAUGGUUGGAUCACAGCAACUCAAAGGAAGAUUACGAGGGUUGCUAGGCAACUUCAACGGUAACGCGAAUGAUGAUUUUGUGUGCCGCAACGGAACAGUACUGCCACCUAAUGCCACAAUGGGGCAGAUCCACUACGACUUCGGGAUAACGUGGUCUGUUCUGGAUGAUGAAAAUAUUUUAUCACCGUUACUACGUCCAGAGGACACGGGCGAGACGCUGAAGCCAGUGUUUAUAGAUAGUAUAGACAAGGAGAACUUGCGUAACGGAACGGAGGAAGUGUGUGGUGGCAAUGAACAAUGUAGAUUUGACUAUCAGGUGACUGGAGACGCCGAGAUUGCCAUGAGUACGAAAGCGUUUAGUCAAAGAUUCGAGGAGAGAAGGAAUAGCAUCAAACCAGUGGUGAGGUGCAGUUACCUGGAUACCAUCGCCAACGGCAACCGGACCGUGUCUGGCUACACGGAAGGGGCAACGGCGGAAUUUGUGUGUGAUGCAGGGUACGAACUCAAGUUCGGGGACGCACAACUGGUAUGCCAGACUAACAGCAAGUGGAGCGGGACAGCGCCGGCCUGUGUCGAGGAAGUGAAGGUCCCGAACACGGUGUCGCCAACCACGCUGAUUUUCAUUGGUGCAGGGACCGCUGGCGGUGUCGUCGUCAUUAUCCUAGUUGUAGUUGUGUGUGUGUGUACUUGUCGGUCUUCAAGGAAGAAGAGGUCCUCGGAGGAGGGAUCGACAAGAGAAGAUGUAGAACUUCCCCAUAUUUUCCCUCCCUCACCUCACAUUCCAACAACAGUUUUUGCAAAUGAAUACUUUUUGCAAAGUUUGCACAAGUUAGCCGACAGCGGGGCCUUCAGGAUACCCCGACCCACGUAUGUUGAUCCCACUAUAUAUGAAGAAUAUUUCUAGUCGGACAGUAGACGUUCCCGUCACCCACGUGCACGUAGUGACCCGAGCGUGACCUUGGCAACAUGUGUGUGGACACUGAACACGUGCUGAACACGUUGCAAACAGACACUGAUAGUGCAUCUGAUGAAAGGGCGUUCUACAAUGAAUGAGUGUAUCAUAAACAAUGAACUGAAAACAAAGGCUGUAUAUAUGUGAAUUUCUCAACUUUCCUGUAUAUAAGAGUACGAUUUUCUAGUCAUAAUGCAACCAGUGCUUUCCUAGAUAUUGCAGUGUGAUUGGAUCAAACUCAUGUGAAGGCUGCACGUGACAACGUGCGUCACGUGACCGGUGCUGACUGUGGUCAAGGCUGUGCCCUGACCUUGGUCACCGUAUGCUCUCAUUCGUCUUUCCCGUUUUAAUAUUCACACGCUGACCUUGACCUGAAGGAAACUACUUUGUGAAUGGAGAACUGAUGUAAAAUAAUUGUGUAAUUGUUUGUGUAGAAUGAAUAUGUGGUGUGCAUUGUCGGCAUAUUAUGGAGACUCCGUGGUGCGAGUAUGCUUUGUAAGGUCGAAGGCAUACAGAAUGUUGCAAUGUUUCUGUCAGCCGUGUGACAGGGGUGUAAGGACCUGCAAGAAACAGAGAGACCUCUUUCUGCGCAGAUUACGCAGAGCGCGUAACUAUUCAACGCAACCUCAGAAAAUAACCAGCCUGAAUUAAUCCACCGGAGCAGAUUUCAUUGGGCAUAAACCAGAGGCUACAAUAUGAAUGGAUGAUUGAAAAUCGGUGCAGACACCAGGUGUUCGGUCAACGUAACCGCAAUUUCAACACUAUGUUGUAUACGUAUUUAUUAGUCAUACGGGCAUCAAUAAUAUCACUGGCUACCUGAAUGUUUCUUCUAAGUCUUUGAUAAUAUUUGCACAUUGGUCUAUUAUUCAGUUAUGGUUAGAUACUCAUGGUUAGAUAAUCAUGGAGUAUAGAUUUGACUCGUUAAGCAGUUGGCACAAUGAAUUCCCACGAAAAUACUUGUAGGAAAGUACUCAACUGGACCUAUAUGAGUUCUGUGUGUUAUGAUUCAAUGUUUGUGGAUAACACCUGUGUUUGUGUUCAUUAGAUAAUGAUAUAUAGUUUAUUACAUCAUAGAUUAUCAAAUGAGACUAGAUUGCCCUCGAAAUAUAACCAACUAAAUAUGUGUAUACGUCACACGUCAACGCUAGAGAAUCCCCCCGAAACAGAUUCCGAACUCAUGAAAGGCAAAGUAAAAAUUAUAUGAAUUGAAAAUCAGUGAAGACACCGGGUGUUCACAAAAGUGCUGGAAACGUUUCGUUUGGCUUUUAUUUUGCCAGUGGAACAAAUUCCACCCCCCGGAAGUUGCGGUUACCGUGGUUACAGGCUAUGGUCCGUGGUUACAGUCUGUAACAAGACUUUGUUGCUGGUAUGUUGUUAUGUACCUCAUUGUAUUCCCGAAGAUAACAACUGAAGAUAGAUGGAUUCCUCACGGCUGUACUCGUCCAUGUAUUACAACACUGUCACAACAGAUCUAGAGUUACGUCAGGCACUUUCAGAUUCCAACGUUACGAAUUGUGUUACAGAUCUUUCACAGAAUUUCCAUGAAUUGUAGAGCAACAUUAUGAUGUUUCUGUUGUUUAUAUUGUUACUGCUAUUCCAGAAAACAUCAAAUUCAGAAUAUUUAGUAAUUGUAUGUCGCAGGUUUUUAUCAUCUUAGGUGAGUGAAUGAGUGAGUAUAGUUUUACGCCGCUUUUAGCAAUAUUCCAGCAAUAUCACGGCCGGGACACAACAAUGGGUUUCACACAUUGUACCCUUGUGGGGAAUCGAACCCGUUCAUUCGGCGUGAUGAGCGAACGCUUUCACCACUAGACUACCCCACCGCCCCUCUCAUCUAAAGAUCCCAUCGGUCUCAUGUUUCGUACCUCGUCAUCUUCGUAUCCAUUGCAGCAUUUAUUUCUUUCACAGUUUCAUCUCAACAUCAUAAUCGUGCAUCGUUGUAUACCUCCGUACUAGCCUUUGUUCGCGCAAUAAUAUUAUGGUGACGCUACUGUCAGGAUAAUGACCACUUAUUGGAAUGUAUCUCGUCAACUGGAAAUCAAUUUGACAUAAUUCUUCUUUUGGAAUCGCAAACAUGACACCUCUAAGAUAGGAAGAGGUGAUCGAUGUGACGUAAUGUCUUCAGGGAGAGUUCAAUAACUAUAAUAUUAAGACUUAUUUACAUAAUUGGUAUCAUGUGCAAUAUUUAAGACCAAAGACGGGAAAGAUAACCUUUUUUGCUCAUGGAGUGAUAAGUCGUACAUGUAGGAGAAAGACUUCAUAUUUAUCAAUCUGACGUCAGGCCAUGAAAACAUUGUUCCUCGCCCGAAUGCAUUUUCAACUGAUACUUGCUUUCCCUCUUUUUUAAUCAGUUGAGCCGCCAUAUCGCUGGAAUAUUGCUGAGUGCGGCGUAAAACUAAACUCACUCACUCACUUAAUCAGUUGAGAGGAAUUACGCUAGUCACCAUGGCGGAGUCUUCAUGUGGCGGCAAGGAACGAUAACUCUUACUUAAAACUCCGGACAACCUUCACGUUGAUUGAAUCGAUGUUUUACUGGUCAAGAUCAAUUGUCUUUUUAUUAAUUUCAGAAGAAGCGUUUCUUGUGAGAAACAUAUUUCAUACUUAUUUAGAAUUAUUUUACCAUUUUGCUCAUUGUAUAAUAAAUGUCACAACAAGCCAUUCUGCUGCUCUCACACUGAUAAACAUUGUACAAUAGGUUUUAGAGAUAAUUGCACACAUCUGCCUUAUAGACGAGAGACUUAUGGUUAUACUUCAAUUUCACAUUAUGCUUUGCAGGAGCCAUUUGUCUUUUGACAGUGUGGUUGAAAACUUUGUCAUUCUGUGUAGCUUUUGCCAUGAAAAUCUAUGUAUGUCAGUUUCUUAACCGCAUCUUGCUUUUUGCUCGUCAUAAUAGACAUGAAACCAGGACUCGAUGAUGUAAAUCUCAGUGGGGGCUCUUAACCAUUUAUCAGUUGGGCCCCAAACGAGAAUAUGUAAAGCAAAUUUUUAUUUUACUUUGUUGUACGAAUCGUCUGUGAUUUUUAUGGCCUGAAAGUCACAGUGAAUGGAAGAUGUAUGCUGACAGGAGUUUUGUCCCUUUGCACAUGAACGAUCCGUUUCCAUAGAUACAAGUCACGUGCUCUAGGCACAACGUGAGUGCUGGCGUCAUUUCUAUUUAUAGAACACUUCACGUGUUCACUGUUGAAUUCAGAACCUCUGUCUGAAUGGGACCCUGUUGAAUCUUGAAUGUGGGGAGUAACACCAGAUUAUAUACUAGUCUAGAAUGGUUAAGGAUCACCCGGUUUCUCCUAUUACUAUGUUUUAUCUCAUGCCAUAAAAGGUGAAUUAUAGUAAUCUGAAAGAUUAAAAAUGUUCUUACGUUUUCUUGAGUAGUAUAUGUUUAGGUGAUCAGGAAGCACUUCCCACAUUCAAUAUCUUACACCAUUUGACAGAAACGUUCCUAUGAAAAAAAACGUGCCUCCAUUUUACCUUGUUGUCUUAGAAUGCGAGGAGCCGUCAUUGUGUGCCUUAUCGUCAUCAGAGGUGACUGGCAAACUGGCUUAUUUAUUGAUUGUGUACAUAGUAUGCUCGACUGAAUUUGAAAUAAAAUAUGAAACAUUA